CUGCUCAGCCCGCUGGAACACUUAGCAUGAAGCACUGCCUGAUUUAGGUUGGGAAAUAAAGCCGAUGGAGAUCUUUUUAAAUGACAUGUUUUAAGAUUUUGUAUUUCUGAAAUCUAGCUGGUGAGCAAGAGCCAAAAAAUAAAACAAACAAACAAACAAAACUCUUCCAGGAAGAAAUAAGACUUUUGACAAGGUAGCCAGCCCCAAAGUCCAAGGCACAAUCAAAACAUGGCUAGACUUCCAAAGAAACAGGACAACCUCACCUCCACUGAAAGAAAACAGCUAAUAGAAACAGAUAAGGACAAAGACAUAUCAGCAGUUAUUAUGAAGAAGUACAAGGUCUUGAUGGAAAUCCAGGAUCUGAUGUUUGAAGAGAUAAGAGAAAGUCUUAAAAAUGACCUAAAGCAGCAUUUAGCAGCAACACGUAUAAUUCCAGAAAUGAAAAAUUCAGACAACUCCAGAAGCAGGAAAGACUGGCAACAAGUCAAAGAGUUAGCCUCACAAACUACACAUUUAGUAGAAAAAAUGGAAGGGAAAAAGUCUAAAAUAGUGGAGGACAUUGUAAACUUAAUCCACAAAAGAGAAGAAAUGAAUGAGUUCAAUAGCAGGUUGGAUGAAUCAAAAGAGAACAGAAGUAAUAAAGGUCAGAAGUCAUCCCAGGUUAAAUCACAAAAUCAGAAAGUUUCUGUAAGCAUGGAAGAAACCUUGUACAGUGUGGAUGACAGAAAGAGCACUAUGCAUAUAGAAGGUGAAGAGGAUGAGAACACAAAGAAUGAAGAAGUCAAGGAAAUGGGAGAGGAGAAAAACGUUCAGAGCUUCAAGAAUGAAAAGUGUCAAAAAGCCCCCAGAGGAUGGUUUGAUGAGGGGGCCGUACUUACCCUGGCAGCAGACUUGUCGUCAGCAACGCUGGGUGUUAGUGGGCGGUGGAGUGAUAUCUUUGGAAUUCUGAAGGAAAAUGAUUUUGAACCUACAUUUUUGUGUGAUGUUAAAUUAGCAUUUAAGUGUGAUGGUGAAACAAGGACAUUUUCAAACCUCCAAAGCCUCAGAGAAUUUACCAGUCAAAAACCUUUUAUGAAAGAAUUACUGCAAGAUAUAUUCCCACAAAAUGAAAAAGUACAUCGAGGAAGAAGAUAUGGGAUUCAAGAAAAACUGGGUAAAGCACCAAUAGACUCAAAACCUAGAGCAGGAGAACCAUCCAGUGAUGGCUUGAGCUUUCUGUUUAUUAAAGAGGUAAAGAUUGCUAAGCCAGAGGUGAAGAACAUAGAGACUGAGGAAGAAGAGUCUUCAGAGUUGGAAGGAAAAGGAACUCCCAAGUUGGAGGAGCAAGAGGCCUCAUGGGUAGAGGAGGAGUGGGAAGAGACUUCGUGGCUGGAAGAGGAGGAGGAAGGGGAAGAAGCAUCAGGGAUAGAGGAGGAGGAAGAGACCUCGGAGCUGGAAGAAGAGGGAGAAGAAAUCUCAGAGCUGGAGGAGGAGGAGGAGGAGGGAGAAGACACCAUAGAGAAGAGUUACAAUAAGCGUGAAGAGCCGUCCUGUAUAAACUUGAGUACUUCAUCAGGGAUCGCCACAGUUUUAAAGAAAACAGAGAAAGAGAAACACAAAACUCUAAAAUUAGAAGAGCUAACUGCCGAAGAGGCAGAGUUACUACAGGAAACAGAAGAAAGCUUUCGAAAAAGCGUGGUUCAUCUCUUCAGAGAGAUUCAAAAGGAGAUUGAAAACAUUAAAAAUUUCCACCCAGAAGUCUUGGAAAUUAAAGAUUCAGUAGAUGACCUGAGUAACAGAAUGGACAUACUUGAAGAAAGAGUGGAUAGUCUGGAUGAUCAAGUUGAAGAAUUCUCUAAGGAUGCAAUGCAAAUGGCCAAACAGAUAAUCAAUAAAGAAAGAUUAAGAGAUAUAGAGGAUAGAUCCAGAAGUGCCAAUAUCCGUUUGAUAGGUAUUCCAGAAAAAGAGAAUAAAGAGAACAGUGCAGAGGACAUAAUAAGAGAAAUAGUUGAAGAAAACUUUCCAGAGCUGAAGAAAGAUUCAAGUCUUGAGAUUGUCAGUGCACACCGAAUACCCAGUAAGAUCGAUGAAAACAGAUUCACUCCUAGACACAUCUUGGUGAAAUUUUGCAAUUCCAGUGAUAAAGAGAAAAUCAUAAAGCUUUCCAGAGAAAGGAAAGAAAUAACCUACAGAGGAACUAGAAUCAGGUUGACUGCAGACUUAUCACUGGGCACCCUGGAUGCUAGAAGUAAGUGGGCCAAUAUCAUCAAAGUUCUGCAGGAAAAAGGCUUUAGGCCGAGAAUCUUGUAUCCAGCCAAAUUAGCAUUUGAUUUUGAGGGUAAAACAAAGGUAUUUUUCGAUAUUGAAGAAUUCAGGACAUUCGUUUCUUGUGUAUCCCCUUUGAAAGAAUUACUGGAGAAUGUGCUUGGUAAUCUAGAAUGACUACCAAGACAUACAUGCCAUGUGCUUGCCUCCUGCCCACACACACCACGUCAUGUAAAGCACCAAUCGUACUCAGAAGGAUGGACAGCCAGUGGCUUACUGGACCUGGGUGGGAAAGGUCAGGUGUUGUCUUUGUGUUGCUGUAGCCAAAGGAUCCUUUGAGUGGGUUUCAUGACAGC